AAACGUUAUAAAUUUCAUUUUAUUUUGGAAGGAAAGUAAAUAAAAUAUGCAUAUGUACAAGAAAUAAAAAAAAUAGUAAAAAAGUUUCAAAGUGAAGUUUAAACAGCAACUGCAGACGAAUUAAGAUUAAAGAAUAACAUCAUUUUUAAAAAGAAAAGUCAUCCAACAAGACUCAUAGUCUAGUCGCCACGAGGGACCAGGAAUUUUAAGACGUUUUGACGACGUUUGGGCAAAAGAAACGCCACUAAACCAUUUGGUCAAAGAAAGCUCGUACAAGCCAACAAAAUCAUCGUCGAAACUACGUCGAUCAUCUACCAUUACUCGACACCAACAACAACCAAGUGGUCAAAACAACCAUCCAUCAAUCCAUCCAUCCGCAACAACAGGAACAUCCAACCAGGUAUCACCAAAAACAACACUACAACACCACAAUCCAUUCAUCCACAUCAGGAAAAUCAUACAACCACCUCAGCAAAAGUGCACAACAGAAAUGGCAAAAUCAUAGAACCAUCCACAUUCACUCUAUUCGUAAUAACAGCAAGAUACAACCAUCCGCACACGCACAACAUCUAACAGCAAGUAUAUACGACCAUCUAUACCGUGCUCCAUUUACCAACAAAGUCCAGAAUUCAAUCAAAACCACUCAAAAGCUAAGUACCAGGUUAUCCAAUUUUAUGUUAUCUAUCAUUAUCUUAUUAUUGCAAUUUUUUGUGUUUAGGUCAUUACAUAAUAUGUAAGACUAAGAGAAACUAAAGUUUAAAAAAAAUUAAAAUUUUAAGUCAAGAGUAACAAAAUAUCAAACUUAAAUCUAAAGAAAAAAAAAAUAUAGCAAAAUAGACAAUUAAACUAAAGUAAUUUAAUUAAAAUCCAAAAAAAAAAUUAAAGCAAUUUUUCAAUAUAAAUCUUAUUGAAAAUAGGUACACUUUUAUCGUUCAACGAUCAUUACUUUGGAUUGUAUGCUUAUCCUCGAAGCAAGCGGUGCACCACCUCGACGGCUGAAACAACAAAAACAAAAUCCAUUGAUCGCCACAAUAACAACAAGGUUAAAUUUUUUAUAAUUCUACACGUUUGAGAAAGCUUGUACUUUCACUCUCCUCAAUCACACCGAGUUUCAGCAUCCGAUCCAACUCAUCGUACAACAGUGAUUGUAUCGCUGGAGAGACAGGGUAGUGACGCUGUUUCACAGGGAGAGCAUCUCCUGUAUCAAUGAAAUGCUCCAUCAUGGUAGUCUUUCCAAGACCAUCGCACUCGAAACAUAAGAAUUUAUCUUUGACUGCAUGCAGCUUGGCCUGUUGAUCAGAGGUUAAAUAUUGAGCAUUUGGAGAAUCCGAUUGUUCGUCAACCGAGAUACUUCUUAUAAUUCCCGGAGCAAGCUGGAACACUCUCCAAAACUCAACUCUAAAAUAGAUCUCCUGGUUCAAGCUGGGAACGAGGAAGAAAGUCAACAUCUCUUCUUUAUCUGUAUAAUACCCCUAUUACCAUUGGCGAGUCGAAUGAAUAAACGUGUGAGUGUGAGAAAUUGGUAUUACCGUUGGCGAAUUGAGAACCGUUGAUUCGACUUAAAUGUCAUUACUUUUUCGAAGUUUGGUCUCACUCUAUUGUCGUUAUCGAAUGUUCGUUAAUUUGAACGUCAUUCGAGUUAUUUUUUGUUGAACGUUCAUAUUGUGUGAGAAAAGGUCGAAGCUUAUGCAAAAGAAAUGUCGGAAAAUAAAACAAUCUGCAAGAGAACUAAUAAAAAUCAGUUCGAAAAGCUAGUCGAACUGAUGGAAUCGAACCCAAAUCUAGCGAGAGGUGUUGGAGAGUUUGGUUCUUCCAAAAAAAACCAAAAGGAAUAUUGGGACCAAUUUGCUACAACCCUCAACUCACUUGGGCCACCUACUCGUGAUGGAAAAGAAUGGCACAAGGUUUGGCUGGAUUAUAAGCUCAAAAUCAAAAGGAAACUUUCGAUGAAUAAAGCCGAAGUGGUGGCAACUGGUGGAGGUAAAUACUUUCAAGUUUCCUUAACACCUUUGGAACAAGCUGUGGAUGAGCUGCUUGGACUUGAGCAAGCUGUAAGGCCAGAAGGUAUGUGCUUUGGUUCAUCUCACCAAAUUUCAGAGGACUUAAUUAUCGGCUUACAAGACAUUGAAGUGCUCAACGAAAAAGACCCUGGUGAAGCCGAUAAACAAAAAUCACCCCCGCCCCCACUACCAGCAAUGAAAAGAACCACAAUGAAUGAAAAUUCUGAAAAAGAACGCCUUCGCUUGUUACAAGGCCAAACUGCAACACAGACAGAGUUGGUAAAAAUCGAAAAAGAAAAGUUAAGUUUUCUGUCCGACAUCGCCAGAUUUUCCAGAAAAAGCUACGAAAUUCAAAGAGAGAAGCUUGCUCUAUUAAAAGCAGCAGAAAAAAGGAAAGAAAAAGAAAAUUUCGAUAAAAACCGUCGCCAUGCUGAGUAUCUGGAAAUGGAAACGAAAAAGCACGAAUUGGAGAUGCUUAAAUUUAAUUUAAAAAAUUAAAAUAAUUUUUUUUCCUUGUACUUUUCUUAUAGUUAUGAAUGAAUUCUUUUCCUUUUUUUCUUGUUAAUAAAGAGUUACGACUUAAUUUUUAAAUCAAAUAUAUUUUUUAUUAUUUAUGAAAGCAAAAUAAACUUGAACUUGAAUUUCAUCCCAA